UGUGGAGUUAACAGUUCGAGAAGCAAAAGAGAAAAUGAAACUCUUCGCUGCCCUUUCCUUCGCCUUGCUGGCUUUCGCCGCCGCCGAUGUUUCGCAUUUGCACAGUGGUUAUGACUAUCCUGUGCCACAACACCAUGAAGAGGUCAAGUCGGAGCCGAUAGUGCCGCAGAAUACGUACAUUCCACCAGCACCACCAGCGCCCCCAGCACCAGUUCAUGAGGCCGUGCACUCGCACCCAAUUGCUCCUCCUCCUCCUCCACCACCACCACAACCAAAAAAUAUCUACAUUCCACCUGCACCACCAGCGCCACCAGCUCCAGUAGCUCCAGUUCAUGAGGCCGUGCACUCACACCCAAUUGCUCCUCCUCCACCACCACCACCACCAGCUCCACAAAACUCCUACAUCCCACCUGCACCACCAGCGCCACCAGCUCCAGUAGCUCCAGUUCAUGAGGAAGUGCGCUCGCAUCCAAUUGCUCCUCCUCCACCACCACCAGCUCCACAAAACACCUACAUUCCUCCAGCAGCCGCUCCAGCUCCAGCUCCAGAGCCAUCCGCCACCCUUGAGGCUGACGGUUAUCACUACAAGACUGUUCGUCGCGUAGUCUACAGACACCGUUUCUAAGCUGUCAUCCCUUUCCAAUAACUUUUCCCUAUGGGAAGUGUACCUGAGUUCGUUCUGAUUCUAAAUCUAAAUAAAAGUUGUUAGUCUGUCAUAUAUAA